AUUCCAAGAAAUUGACAUUGACUGAUUCUACUUACUUUAUGAGAAAAGUUAACACCGAAUUUAGAAGAAAUAAAAAACUUACUGCGCCUGAAGAUAUAACUUUUGCCUAUAAAAAAGGAGAGUCACUGUUACGUAGAAGCAGUGUAGUGUAACAAUGAUUUUACGUACAACACUUCGUCUUCAAAGUAUUAUUCCUCUCCAUACUGUAGUGGCUGGUAAACACACCAUAGAUUUUUCCAAAGUGCCUAAGCUUAAUGAGUGCGAUCUCACUGAGCAGUUUGUAAGAGGUGGUGGGCCAGGUGGUUCUGCUGUCAAUAAAAAUUCCAAUUGUGUGGUGCUUACCCAUGUGCCUACAGGUACUAUAGUCAAAUGCCACUUAAGCAGAUGCCAAGAUGAAAAUAGGCAAUUAGCAAGACAAAUGUUAAUAGACAGAUUAGACGAAAAACUAAAUGGAGAAGAGAGUGUUUUAGCACAAAAGAAGAGAUUGGAAGAGAAAAAGUACAAAAGAACAGAAUAUAAAAAGAAGAAAGUGGCCAAAAUGAAAGAGGAGUGGAAGAAACGCGAAGGCUUAACAUAGACAAUAAAUAAAUAA